AAAUUUGUUUUCCGUGUGGGUGAAGUUAACAAAAUUCAGGAGGAGGAGAGAAAAAGGCGCACCAAACCGAAAUGGCUUUUCAAUUUCAGGACUCGGCCUUUGACACUUUGCCAAUUAACACUUUCCUGGUUACCGCCUUUCAUUUUUGUUUGUGGUGGGGCCCAAGAAGCUCCUGCUCCGAAAGUCCUCCUAGGGGAUCCUUGGCCGCCCAGGAGGCAAUUAUCCUGUCAGGAAACUUUGUACGCAGCCGAAGCUGGUAGCAAAACAGAAUGCCAGCAAAAACAAAGGCACCAUUGCCGGCACCCUCGUUUCCGGACUGGCAACCCCUGAGCGGGUCUCCAGUUUGUUUUGACCCCAGCUGUCAUGGCAACCGCUCGGAAAUUAAAAAAAAACGAAAAACAGGAGAGCUGUUGUGCAAAAUCGGGGAAUAAUUUCACUCAGAACGUGAGUAACCGCCGAGGAGCGAGGCCAUGAGCCACCAGGAUGAGCAUGGACAUACCAGAAACCGUAUCCCUGCGCAAGUUCCGCGACUUUUCGGCGCGCCAGAAGCAGGAGCUCUAUGAAACACUCCUCGAGCUGGCCGAGUCCAUCGAGGAGCUGCCCAAGAAGUCGCUGAGGAAGACCCUGGAGCUCACCCUGGCCGUUUUGCAGUACAAGGGCGAGCAGGUUCAGCGGCUGCAGGAUGGAGGCACUGGAGCUGGAACUGGAGGAGUAUCCAGCGACCGUCGCCUGCAGGACGAAAAUGAGAAGCUGAAGCGCAUGCUGCAGAAGCUGGAGGAAGAACGCGAUGGCUUGAAAAGCAAGACCAAGGAGUUGGGGGAGGAAAUACGACAAUUGGAGCUGCGCCUGAGGGAGGCUGCCCAGCAGGCCGAGAUCAGCGACAAGGACUCAUCGGAUCCCCUGUCCGAGUUGGACAAACAGGAGCAGCUACUCCAGAACAUCGACUCCAAGAACAAACACAUUAAAAGGCUCUUAAAGGAAAUUGAGACGCUUCAAAACCAGAACAUAGCCCAAUCGAAGACCAUAGUCCUCCACGAACGCGAACUGCAGAACAUCAAGGCGAACCUAGUGCAAUUGAGCCAGGACAUCACUAAGGUGGAGCAGGAGCGCAAGUCCUUGAAGCAAAAGGAACAGCAGCAGGGCCUUGAGAUCACUCGUUUGGAGGGAAAUGUCACCUUUCUGGAGGUGGAGCGCGAAAAGCAGGAGCUGGAAAUGCGACAGUUCCUGGACAAAUACGAAACGAAGUCCCUUUCAUGGAGACAGGCUCUCGAGGAUCGGGACAAGGAGGUGGAGCGUCUCAGGAAACAGCUGGAGGGCAAAAGCAUCAACUCUCCUCAGACCAAUUCUUCCAGUAGUCAGAGUCAACAGCAGGAGGAUCAUAUAAAACUGAGACAUCUUUUAGAAUCCCGGGAAAAGCGCAUCGAGAAGUUGGAGGCGAAACUAAAAACGAUGGCGGAGGAGAUGGUCAGCUCCACGAAGGUAAUGAACCAGUUGUGCCUGGAGAAGGAGCGAUCCCAGGAUCCGGAGCAGCCUCGAGCCUGCUGCCAGAUGAUCGAGGAGCGCCUCCGGGAGGCCAAUGCCCGGAGUCAGCAGCUCUCGGAGAUGCUGGAGGCAGCCGAGCAGGACAAUGUCCUCAAGUCCAAGCAGGCACUUCAUGCCCUGAGUGCCCUGGAGUCCUACAAAAGGGAUGAAGACGGUUUGGUUCCAGCCUUGAGACGCUGCUCGGGGUUGGAGCAAAAGCUGGCAGGACGCGACAAGCAGCUGAGGAGCUACAUCCAGGAACUGAAUUCCCUCCACGAAGUGGUCCAGGAAAACGAGCUGUUGCGACGCCAGCUCCGCAUUCCCGAUGAUGUGGUCAUCCUGGCCAAAAAUGUCCACUCCAAGCAGCGCAACAAGGACAAACAGAUCGAGCGACUGACCCUUAAGCUAAGGACCUCCGAGGAACUGCGUCUGCAACUCAAGUUGGACAAGAGUGAAUUGAGGCGGAAGCUCCUGGAGCUGCAGCAGGGUAACCCCCAGCCCUUGAAUGAAUCCCUGCAGGCGCCAAGACGUGGCCAAGGCGAUGGAGCAGCCAGUUCCGAGAUGCAGAAUCGCUACGACGAAGUCCUGGCCGAGAAUGAAACGCUACGCUCUGGGAUGUACGAGAUUCUGGAGAAGCUGAGGGAGUAUGAUGCUACCUCAGAGCACAUAACCAUUGAUUCCGAUCUAUUGCGCCGCCUCAUCGAAGCUCUUCCCAGUGGAACGGCCACUCCACAGCGUCUUCAGUGCCAACUGUUGGAGCUAAAAGCCCGGGAGGAGGCACUGCGUCAGCUGCUCCAGCAGCAGAACUCCAGCGACUCGGAAACCGGCGAACUGUCUUCUGUGCAAAGCCUCUGCGAUGUCCCAGAGAUCGGAGAGGAGCAGCCCGUUGAGGAGGAUCCCGUUGUGAAUACAGCCACCAGGCCAAGUUCGCCCACUGAGGCGACGGAGGGCUUGCAGCGACCCAAUAUCCCAGAUCCCGAAAUGGAACCCAGAAGCGAGGUCCUGGCCGAACUAUCCAUUCUCCGGAAGCAUUACGAGGAACUGCGUCUCCACAUGUCCGCCGAUGGCAGUGAACUAAUGAACCAAAAUCAGCAGCUUCAUGAUAAGUUGAUGACCUUGGAGUUGCAGUUGGAAAAGCAAGGAUGUUCCUAUAGCUAUAUGCGCAGGGACUACGAUCAACUGCUCACUGAAACCAGAAAAUUGGAACUCAGCUUUAUAGAAGAUAAGGCUCUAUUAGCAAGACAGUUAGAGCUUCAAAAGAUUGAACUAUUGAGAACUAAGGAGGAACUGGAGAGAGUGUGUCGAAGGAAUUUAUACACCCCAGAAGAGCAGCAAAAACUCGAGCAACGCAAUGCCAAUUUGAGCAUGCAACUUGGUCAGGCGGUGGAACAAAUGCUGGGGGAGCUGAAACCCCCGGAGAUAUGUACAGAGUAUGGUAUUAUCAAGGAUAACUAUCAGCUGGAUUAUAUUACAGCCGAGGAUUUUGAGAAGCAUCAGCAGGAGUUGGCUGAUUGGAGGAGCAAACAGGCAGAUCUUCAAAGGGAGACCAAGCAGUUGGAGGGUCUGCUUCGAGUAGCCAAUGAACAGAUCCUUUCCCAGCAGAAGCUACUCAAUGAUAUCACAGACAACCACAUCAACCUGCGCCAUCUGGUUGCCGAUCUUCAGAGCAGCUCCGAGGAGAAACUAAUGCUGGCCAAGGUACAAAGGGAUUUGGAUAGUGUAAAAGCCGAGUUCUCCCGCUUGGAAACGGAGCGAGAGCAACUGCAGCAAAAGGCGGACUCCCUGCAAAACCAACUAGAGGCCAGCGAGGUAUCCUUGAAGCAAGCUCAACAGGACUUCCAGCAAGAGCGCACCAAUAGCGAUAUUAAGCACAAAUUCCUGCAGCAUUCCUUAUUUAUGCUCAAAGACAAAUAUGCCAAAUUCACUCCACUGGUCUUCCUCACCAACUUUGUGUUCGCCUACCAAAAGUUCCAACGUCGCCUGGAGGAGGAGCAAGUGCAGCAGCGGCAAGAAGAUUACAGUGCCCUGAUUGAUGAUGUAACCGCCGUGGUUCAGAAGAAGUUUUCACCCAAGGAGGAGAGUUCCCAGCAGCUGGUAAAGCUUAUAAAGUCUGAAACCCAGACGAGACUCUUGGAACAGCGCUGCGAAAUCCUGCAAGCCAAGCAGGCGGAGCUCCUUAGGGAACUGGGUGAACUGAGGAUACGACAGGCCACCGACACUGAGCACUGGAGCACUAUCGAGGCACAGUUCGGUAAAGGAGUCCCGAAAACCCACUCCCAGGUGGAUGCGGAAACCAACACGGAGGCAGUGACUCCUCCUAUUCCGGCCAUGAGGAGGGCAGCCCAGCUGAUAGACAGGCAAUCAUCUCCCAUUGGAUCGCCUCUGCGAAGACAUCCGCACCUGGAUACGGCCACCCAAACUCUGGAGCAUCCAGUGAAGCUCUCGGAGACGGCAGUCCAAACUAAUGGCAUUCUCAUCCAACAGAAUCAAUCCGUUCAAACGGCGGAUGCAGUGGGGGACAGCAGGAGCGGAUCCCGUGAGGAGCUACAGAAAAUGCAGGAAACGCUCCAGGAAGCUAAUCAGCGCAUCGAGGUCCUUGGCAAGCAGUUGGAGGCUUCCAGAUCGGAGAGCCGCGAGUCCGAGAGUCCUCAUAGUGGAGUGGUGGAGAAGACCAUACUGUCGUUCCACACCCUGCUCCUGGAGAAGGAUCAGUCCAUUCAGAAGUACCAGGAUCUCCUGCAGACCGAGCGGGAUCAGAGUCAGCAGGCCAUCAGCAAACAGACGGCUGAAAACGAAUCCCUCAGGGCGACGGUGAAUAACCUAAACUUCAACAUCAAGACCAAGGAUGCGGAGAUUAUGGAGCUCAAGGCCAAGCUGGAACUGAAACCCAAGGCCGCUUUGGAGCGAGUCUCCUCGACCGACUCGAGUUCCAGUUCCGAGAACUCGGUUAAUGAGCUGACGGAUGAGAAGAUUGAGGAACUCUUUGAAAGUAGCUCAGUGGAGAGGCCGCCAGAAGAGGUGGAAGUGCAAGUGCGUGCGGAAGAUCCAGUAUCUCAAGAGCCAGAAGGUGAGGCGGAAAAACAGGAUACGGAAGAGCUCAAGGAACUGCCCACGCUACACAAGCAAAUCAAGGAUCUAAAGGACAAGCUGGAGUACAGUGAAAAGAACCUGAAAACUAGAGAAGAGGAGGUGGAUAUAUUGAAAGAAAAGUUGAAACUCUGCCAGGAGCGGGAAAAAUCCGUCGAGAGCCAUGCGAGUCCGGAACUGGAUCAGCUACGCGUCUUUCUGGAUGAGAAAGAUAAGCAUAUCAAGGAUCUGAUGGAUACUCUCAAAAACUUCCAUGACGACCAGCAGCGCUAUAUCAAGGACACUUCCAAUUUCUCGGAGGAUCAGAUAGCCAAACUCGCUGCCGAUCUCAAUCGCACCGAGGCCACCAACAAGAUCUAUCACACCCAAAUGGAGGCACUGCGUCGCCAGUUGACCAAUGUCACCCAGCGCGAAAAGCAGGCCAGGGAUCUCAGUCAGUCGCUUCGCCAGCAGUUGCUCAAACGACCCGUCGUCUCUAUAAAAACGGAACUCAAUGCCAGGGUGAAGAACGAGAACCAGCAGAAGAGAAUCCAGCAGCUGGAGACGGAUUUGGAUGAGGCACGCGGUCAAUUGCAGCGACAGCAGACCCUGCUGGAGGCCAAGCGCACGAGGAGUGCCAACGAGGUUCAACUUUGGGAGAAGCAGAAAAGAUACCAGCAGCAGGCGGAGAAAACCAAGGCGAGAUUGGAGGAAACAGAGUUGGCCCUGGACAAGACUCGAACCCUUCUGCAGGCAGCACGCACCACCAUUGCCCGUUUGGAAAAGGACAAGCAAAUAAUGGAGUCCAAACUGGGGAGGAAUGGUCCUUCAAUGGGGUCGGGUUCCGGUUCAAACAACCUCAAGUGCUGCCGCACUCCAUCCUGUCCGAAUCUCCAGCAUGUGGGUGUCAGCAAGUUCACCCCGUCUCCCUCGGAGAGUCCGGAAACGUAUACGGGUCCCAGCAGCGAGUGCAGUUCCCCGGCGCACCAUCAUACCCAGAUCUUUGACCAGAGUCAGGCGGAUCUCAUACAGGCCCUCAAGUCCCGCAUAGAACUGCAGCAACGAAAGAUCAUCGCCAUGGAACUGGAGGGCAGGGGCAGUAAUGCCUUGACCACGGAGCUAGAGAAGAUGCAGGAACGCUGCCAGGCCAUCGAGGCCCAGAAUAUCCGACUGGAGGCCAGGAACCUCCAGCUGCAACUGGAUUCGGAUCUCUUGAGACAGGGAGACAGCAGCGAUCGGCUGCAGAAGAGGAUCAAACACUUGGAGGACUAUAUCCUUGCCCUGAAAGAGGAAAUGGCCCGCAAUGAGUCUCGUCGAGAGUUGUGCAAGUGCACUGGCCUGAAAGUAAGCACCAACCAGGGACAAUCGGCGGAACAGACGAUUCUGUCGCUGCGCAAUCUCGUAGAGAAGUUGCGGUCGGAGAACAAGUUCCUGAAAGAUGGUCGACGUUCCACGGAGUCCAGGAGCUCCACGGAUUCCACACCGGCGGAUGCGGCUCGAUUGCAGCAGCAAAAUGGAGAAUUGCUGGAGAAGAUUAGCGCCUUGCAGCAGGAGCUCCAAAAGCGAACAAAGUGCAGCCAAUGCGGUGGUCGUAGUAAGGAUGCUGCCAACGAGGAGCUCAAGUUCAUCAAGGAGCAGCUGGUGAAGAAGACACAACUCCUCCAGAAAGCUAAAGUCCUCUUGACCCGUGCUGCCGCCAAGGAAAAAGUGUUGAGGGAACAGCUCGCAUUGUGGAAACGAAAGUGUUCCGAACUGCAAAACGUCCCAGUGAUUGAUGAAAUUAGCGAAUAACCAGUAUUUCUCAUAAGAUGAAUGUUGUACAGCAAAAGAAAAAUAAAA